CAAAUGUAAGCUUUCAAACAACAAGAGAGAGAGAGAGAGAUAUGGCGACGUCAGGAACAUACGUGACGGAGGUGCCAUUAAAAGGAACGGCGGAGAAACACUACAAGAUAUGGAGGAACGAGAACCAUCUCUUCCCUGACGUUGUCGGCCACCACAUCCAAGGUGUUACUGUCCACGACGGCGAAUGGGACUCUCACGGAAGCAUCAAGAUUUGGAACUACACAUUAGAUGGAAAGGAAGAGGUGUUCAAGGAGAGGAGAGAGAUGGAUGAUGAGAAUAAGACAACGAAGGUUAUAGGACUGGAAGGUCACAUAAUGGAGCAGUUCAAGGUGUGUGAAUUCGACUACAAGUUCAUACCCAAGUCUGAAGAUGAUUGCGUUUGCAAGAUCACUAUGAUAUGGGAGAAGCACAACGAUGAAUCCCCCGAACCAAGCAGCUACAUGAAGUUCGUCAAGAGCAUGGUUGUUGACUUGGAAGACCACAUCCUCAAAGCUUAAUCAAUCAAUCAUCAUCAUCACAAAUCACCAUUAUUGUCCCUAUAUAUUAAUUAUGUUGUUUUCAAUAAUGUAUGAUAAACAGUGUUUCAUUUCAAUAAAUACAGUAAUGUUUGGUUUUUUUAAGUCAAUAUAUAAUAAAUGUGAUCUCGUGGAUUGUUUCAUUUCUGAA